AUCGAGUACGUGAUCGUCCGCUUCGAUCACAACAACCAAAAAGUUAGACUCAGUUUACGUUCAAAACAAAUACUCGAUGUUAUGUAUGAGAGAGAAGAGAAAGAGGGGGCGAACCGUCGGGUGCUGUGGAGACCAGAGUACGGCUCGUUUCAGAUCGAGGCCACACCCGGACAGCCGUACGGAUAUAAUAACGAACUGAAUGGCGAAAACUCAAUGAAUAAUGUGUUUAAUAACGUAGAGAACAAUAUGAGAGAACGACGACUCGAUAUCAAGGCCUUACUCCUUGAAGACGAGGCACUUCUAUGUCUUACACACCAUCCGAGACUCGGAUGUGCGGACACAACCGUACCCUUCAGUAAAGCCGACCCAUUGAACAGCGCCUCCAAAAGUAUCUUCGUAUCCGAGGCCCACAUCUGUGAGGCAUACGAGCGGUACUUAGUUAUGGACCGAUACUAUGCCGAACGCAUCGGACAUAAGGCUGUCAUUAAUACUCCCAUUUUUAAAGACACCAAAACUCCGGACCCUUUCGUCGAGACAUUCAACGACACGGAGUCUAAUAGAGCGGCAAAAGUGGAUCACAUAUAUAUGGACGAGACAUUGUUUGGUGCGGCGGCCAGUUGUCUACAGGUAACAAUGCAGGCGACAGACGUGUCCGAAGCGUUCACACUAUACGACCAGUUGACUCCAUUAACGCCCAUAAUGUUGGCUUUGGGCGCCGCGACCCCUAUUUUCAGGGGCUAUUUGACGGAUAAUGACUGCAGACUUGGCGUCCAAUUGGAGUCCAACGACGACCGGACGGCUGAGGAGAGGGGAGAGAAGCCAUUGAAACACAACGCAUACCGUAUUCCCAAAUCAAGAGUUUCGCCGAUUAAUACUUAUUUGUGUAAAUCAAACGCCGCAUACAAUGACAGUCCGAUUGUCUAUAAUAAGGAGUAUUACAAUGAGAUGAUCAGCGCUGGCGUCCCCUCACCGCUGGCCCAACAUAUCGCAUACCUCUUUAUUCGUGAUCCGGUGGUUAUAUCACGUGAUAAAUUAGAUCAAGACUUGGAGACAGAAUCGGAACACUUUGAAGGCAUUCAGUCGACUAAUUGGCAGACAAUGAGGUUUAAACCGCCGCCUCUUAACCAACAGUCCAUCGGUUGGAGAGUAGAGUUCCGUCCGAUGGAGAUCCAGAUGACUGACACACAAAACGCCGCCUUUUCUGUGUUCGUUAUAUUGUUGUCCAGAAUUGUAUUGCAAUAUAAACUCAAUUUCAUUAUUCCUAUGACUAAAAUACACCAAAACAUAACAGCCCUUAAGAGGGAUGCCGUCAAUAGAUGCAAAUUCUGGUUCAGAAAAGACAUCUUCACUCAAAAUACACCACAAAUUAAUUGUUUCAAAGAAAAUAGAAACAGAUAUGAGAGCGAAGACGAGUCGUAUAUAGAGAUGUCUAUCAAUGAGAUAAUGAAUGUAGAGUUCCGUCCGAUGGAGAUCCAGAUGACGGACACACAAAACGCCGCCUUUUCUGUGUUCGUUAUAUUGUUGUCCAGAAUUGUAUUGCAAUAUAAACUCAAUUUCAUUAUUCCUAUGUCUAAAAUACACCAAAACAUAACAACAGCCCUUAAGAGGGAUGCCAUUAAUAGAUGCAAAUUCUGGUUCAGAAAAGACAUCUUCACUCGAAAUACACCACAAAUUAAUUGUUUCAAAGAAAAUAGAAACACAUAUGAGAGCGAAGAGGAGUCAUAUAUAGAGAUGUCUAUCAAUGAGAUAAUGAAUGGUUACGGAAAUGAAUUCCCGGGUUUAAUACCACUAAUCAGGGAAUACGUCAAUAGUAUAGCACUUGACGUCCAGACCUAUAAUAAAGUGCAACAAUAUAUCCAAUUGAUUGCCGACAGAGCGUCGGCUAAAGUCAAGACAACCGCCCAAUGGAUCAGAGAUUUUGUGCGAAAACAUGCGGACUAUAAAUACGAUUCUGUGGUCAACGAGAAAAUUACUUACGAUUUGUUAAACACUUUAAAUCGCAUUCAAAAUGAAAGUGAAUGUUAA